GGAAAAUUAUUAAAUGCGGCAGAAAGAGAAAAGAAAAGAAAGGGAAAAAAAAAACUGGUUGGCGUAAUCAGAGAAGGUAUGUUCGCCCUCGUAUCAAAGACGAGAGCUUGGUGUUCAAUUUCAUCACAGUUCCCAUAAACUCAUAACUCAGAGCGCGCGCCUGAAAGUGAGCGGUUUUCCCUGGCGAACUGGAACAGACGGAGAGAAAAUGCGAGGCAGAAAACAGUCACAGCGACCCAAAAAAUCUUCAGGUAUAGAAAAUGCUGGUGAGGCAGUACUAGAUUCAGGAGGAAGCUGUUCACAGUCCAGCGCUGAAAAAGGAACUUUAGCCAAUGUUUCAAGGUUGGCUGUGGACAAGCUUCUUAGACGUGCAACUGGGCGUUGCUUGUCAGGGACAAAGAAACCUGCUCUGCGUCCAUGUGAUUUGCCAACAUGUAAAGUUGGGACAGAUGUAAAGCCUGUUAUGGACAAGAAGGUGAUAUUAGAGGCUGGAAGGUGCAAUGAAAAUGUAAUAGUGGACUCUUCGAGGGAGGUUAACGUUGAUGAAGCAAAUAUGCAGUAUCCUGUAUCUCAAAUAUCAGAAGAUUUGGACGAUUCAGAUUGGGAAGAUGGUUCUGUUCACACGUUGGAUGGGACAAAGUCUGACCCAAUGACUAUCGAAUUCAGUGAGAUGGAGCAGGCCCCUGACUCUACCAGGAGGAAACCUAUUCGUCGAGCUUCUGCUGCUGAUAAGGAAAUUGCUGAGUUAGUGCAUAAGGUUCAUUUGCUUUGUUUACUCGGACGGGGGAGAUUAAUUGACCAAGCUUGUGAUGAUCCUCUUAUUCAGGCGGCUUUGCUUUCUCUUCUUCCAACACACUUACUGAAGAUCUCACCGGCCAAGCAACUGACAGCCAGCUCCCUGAAACCCCUCGUCACUUGGUUACAUAACAAUUUCCAUGUUAGAAACCAAACGAGUGCGGAGGGUUCUAUUAAUUCAGCUCUAGCUCGUGCUCUUGAAACUCGUGAAGGUACUUCAGAGGAGAUUGCUGCAUUGACCGUGGUGCUCUUUAGAGCUUUGGAUUUAACAACACGGUUUGUAUCUAUUUUGGAUGUUGCUUCUAUAAAACCAGAGGUCGAAAGAUCUAAAUGUUUUAGCCAAGAGACAAGCAGAUCAAGUAGGAACAUUUUCAAGAACUCAACUUUGAUGGUAGAUAAAGCAGAUCAGGUUGAUAAAAAUUUUCUCACAUCAUGUUUUCAUGUCAAGAAGGAUAAUCUCAAUGAAGGUACUGCUGGGGAUUACUGUGAAAGUAAUGCAAUCAAAUUAGGACGCAAGAAACCUCAUGUCCUUGACGAGUUAUCAUGUACAACAAGUUCUGGUUGCAACUCACAACCUGAUAUUCCUGAGACCCGCCCUUCAAAGAAUUCUCAGGUACUAAAAAGGAAAGGGGAUAUUGAGUUUGAAAUGCAGUUACGAAUGGCUCUUUCUUCAACAGCAGUUGAUACUACGCCUAGAAAUUCUAGCAUAAAUGACUCAGAUGGGCCAUCAUUGAACUUUCCUUCACCUAAAAAAGUGAAAAGAGUUGUUAGUGAAGAAUCUGGCUGUUCUUCCCGUGGAAUCUCCACUGCUGUUGGUUCAAGUAAAGUGGGAUCUCCCUUGUAUUGGGCAGAAGUAUACUGCAACGCAGAGAACUUGACAGGUAAGUGGGUACACGUUGAUGCUGUAAAUAUGGUUGUUGAUGGAGAGCACAGAGUAGAGGAUUUAGCUGCUGCGUGCAAAACAUCUUUGAGAUAUGUGGUUGCUUUUGCUGGGCUUGGUGCCAAAGACGUGACCCGCAGAUAUUGUAUGAAGUGGUACAAGAUAGAAACAAAACGGAUAGAUACUCUUUGGUGGGAUAGUGUAUUGGCACCAUUAAGGAUACUUGAAGGACGAGCCAUGGGGGGCACUGGUCACUUGGAGAAGAGCUGCAUUGAUGGCUUGAUGGAACAUGACAAAGUAAAAAUGUCAGGUUUAUCAGAUAAUUUGAGGCAGAAAAAUCUUACAUAUGAUGAUAGCUUGGUGGAAAAGUUGGAUCACAAUGUGUCAGAAGAGCUUGACACUGAUCGAGGCUCGUCUUUGGGUAAUCAAUUUGUUGCUACGAGAGAUUAUCUUGAGGAUAUGGAAUUGGAAACUCGGGCUCUUACUGAACCUCUUCCAACAAAUCAGCAGGCCUAUAAAAACCACCGUCUAUAUGCCCUUGAGAAAUGGCUAACGAAGUACCAGAUGUUUCAUCCAAAGGGUCCUGUUCUGGGUUUCUGCUCUGGACAUCCAGUUUACCCAAGAACAUGUGUCCAAAUGCUUAAGACAAAGGAAAAGUGGCUGCGUGAGGGACUGCAAGUUAAAUCUAAUGAACUGCCUGUUAAGGAGUUGGAACGUUCCAUAAAGAAAGUCAAAGUACAAGAACCUGAAACUGAUGACUAUGAUCAGGGUGAUUCUAAAGGUGUCAUUCAACUCUAUGGGAAGUGGCAAUUGGAACCAUUACAAUUGCCUCAUGCCAUAAAUGGGGUUGUGCCAAAAAAUGAGCGUGGUCAAGUGGAUGUAUGGUCUGAAAAGUGCCUUCCACCAGGAACUGUGCACAUCAGGUUGUCCAGGGUGUUCAAUGUCGCCAAGAGGCUGGAAAUUGAUUAUGCACCUGCCAUGGUUGGCUUUGAAUUUAGAAAUGGUCGAUCCUAUCCUAUGUAUGAUGGCAUUGUGGUCUGUUCUGAGUUCAAAGAUGCAAUAUUAGAGGCAUACACCGAGGAAGCAGAUAGAAGAGAGGCUGAGGAAAGAAGACAGAGAGAAAAACAAGCUAUUUCAAGAUGGUAUCAGCUUCUUUCAUCGAUCUUAACUCGGCAAAGGUUGAACAGCCGUUACAGGGACAACGACAAUCCAUUUCAAGCAACGAGCAAUGUUCAAGGCACGAAUGACAAGGCAAAUGCAGAUGUUCCUUCUUGUAAAGACGAGACGAAACCUUCCGAGUGCAAGCAGGAUAACAUUAAAGUUCAUAAUGCUAGUAAGGAUGCUCCGUCUUUUAUCGCUCCAGAAGAUCACAACCAUGUGUUUUUGUUAGAGGAUCAGAGUCUAGAUGAGAAAAGUUUGGUAGUGACAAAACGGUGUCACUGUGGUUUUUCUCUUCAAGUGGAAGAAUUAUAGCCGUGUUAGUGUUAGUGUCUUGUCUUGGUUUAGAUCUGUUUUGAUCGUUUACUCUCAAGUUGGGUUAAAAUAGUGUUGAUAUGUAUAAAAUUACCAGUAGUAUAAUCUUUCGAAAAAUGUUGAUAAUUGAAAAUCAAAACGAAUUAGAAUACAUUUUGUAGCAGAACCUCCUCAUUCUCAACA